AUGACAAAACCGGAUGCGAUUCGGAGCGGCUCUGCCGUCGGCGCCGCGGGCAGCCCCGUCCCGCACGGGGAAGGCUCCGGCGCCGUCCGUCCGUCCGUCCCGUCCCGCCCCGUCCCUCCCGCCGGCGCCGUGGGCGCCGAUGCCCGGUGGCUGGCGAGGGUGGCGAGGCAGUUGGCGAGCAUCGCGGGGGACGACGAGGAGAUUGGCCUGGAGGGGUUCAAGGCGGCUCUGGAGGUGAAGGAGUCCUUCUUUGCCGAGCGGUUCUUCGCGCUGUUCGACUCCGACGGGAGCGGGACCGUCAGCCUGGAGGAGCUGCUGAAAGCCCUGAGCACGCUCGCGCACGGGGACAAGAUGGACAAGCUGAGGUUCCUCUUCCAGGUUUACGACGUGGACAGGGGGGGGGUAAAACGAGAACGGAGCGCCGACGCCGGCCUCAACCUGCUGCUCUUCGCCCUGGCCGCCCUGGGCCACGCCGGCCGCGGCGCCGGGGUGCCGCUGGCCCGUGCCUGCAGCCAGUGCCUGAACUUCAACUGUGCCUUCGUCGCCGUGCUCGAGCUGCGGCGCUGCCUGACCCGGCCGCGGGCCACCUGGGUCGCCAGAGCCUUGCCGCUGGACCCCGCCGUGGAUUUCCACCAGCUCGUGGGCUACGUGGUGGCGGCGCUGGCCGCGGUCCACGCGGCCGCGCACGUGGCCAACUUCAGCGGCGGCGGCGGCGGGGCCGGCGGCGCAGCGGGGCCCACGGGACCGGCCCUCCUGCUGCUCCUCGCCACCGUGCUGGCCUUCUCCACCCCCCGCGGCUGCAGGAGCGGCCGCUUCGAGCUCUUCUACUGGACCCACCUCUCCUACGUCUUCGUCCGGGCCCUGCUGCUCCUGCGCGGCCCCAGCUUCUGGAAGUGGUUCGCGGUGCCCGGCUGCCUCUUCGGGCUGGAGACGGCGGCCGGCCUGGCCGCGCGGCGCGCCGGCGGGCUGCGCAUCGUGGAGGUCGACCUGCUGCCGGCCGAGGUGACCCACUUGGUGAUCGAGAGGCCGCCGUCUUUCCGCCGCCAGCCCGGGGACUACGUCUACCUGAACGUCCCGGCCGUCGCGGACGAGUGGCACCCGUUCAGCAUCAGCAGCGCGCCCGAGCAGCCCGGAAGGCGUUCCCAGCGCGCCCGGCUCCGGGGGCCCGUGGCCGCCGGCGCGGACGGCGGGGUGGAGCUGACGGCGUACCGAGCCGCCGGGGAGCGCGCCGGCGAGGACGCGCCGCCGGCAGACCUGAGGGGGCGAAACACACACGCCAAAAAAAGAAAAAAAAGGAAAAAAAAAAAAAAAACAAGCUCAGGAAGCAGGCUGCUCGCGGGGGAGCGGCGCCGGUUCUGCGACGUCCAGUGCUACGUCGACGGCCCCUACGGGACCCCGACGCGGCGGAUCUUCGCCUCGGAGCACGCGGUGCUCAUCGCCGCCGGCAUCGGCGUCACCCCCUUCGCCUCCAUUUUGCAGAGCAUCAUGUACAGGUUGGUGCCGCCCCGGGACGGGCGAGACGCGGUGCCCGGGCGGACGCGUCCUCCGGCGCUCUGCGGCGUCCCGGCCGCUCCAGCGCGACCUGGAGCUUCUUGGAGCCGUCCCGGCCUCGGAGAGCGCCGGCUCGGGGCCGCGGCGGGGCGGCUCCGCUGCGUCCUCCCUGCGCCCUCGCACGUGGACUUCUGGAUAAACCGGGACCAGAAGCACCUCGAGUGGUUCCUCAGCCUCCUGGCCAAGCUGGAGAAGGAGCAGGGCGAGGGGGAGCCGGGAGGUCGCUUCCUGGAGAUGCACCUGUACAUGACGUCGGCCCCGGGCGGGAACGACGUGAGGGCCGUCGGGCUGCAGAUGGCCCUGGACCUGCUGGCGGCCAAGGAGCAGAAGGACUCGAUCACGGGGCUGCGGACCAGGACCCAGCUCGGCCACCCCGACUGGGGCCAGGUGUUUCGCAAGGUGGCUGAGGAGAAGAAAGGGAAAGUCCAAGUCUUCUUCUGCGGCUCGCCAGCGCUGGCGAAAGUCGUCAAAGCUCUCUGCAAGCGCUUCAGCUUCCGCUUCUUCGAGGAAAACUUCUAGCCCGGGGAUGGUGCCGCCCACCAUGGCCGAGGAAAGUGGCCCCGUGUCCCCCGAGCGCCCGGCGGGGUAUCCGCGCUCGCUCCUCCUCCCGUAGUUGCAGCUCGAGCACGGGGAAACGUCCAGGAUGGAGCAUC